AUGGCAAGAUAUCAGCCGCAGGUUUGGGGAGAAGAGGUCUCAGGAGUCAAAGUUGAUCUGCUUAGUGUCUCGCAGAGAACUCUGUCCCAGGGAUUUUCAAUUGAUUCAUUCUUUACAGGCAUAACUAAGCUUUCCAAUCUGAAAAAGUUGUCAUUAGUAUCCCUGGGAAUAUGGGGACCAUUGCCUGCCAAGGUUGAUAGGCUUGAUUCUCUAGAGGUGCUAAACAUUAGUUCCAACUUCAUUCAGGGUGGCAUCCCCCCAGAGAUUGCCACAUUCAAGAAUCUGAAAAGUCUUGUUUUGGCUGAUAAUCUGUUAAAUGGAAGUAUUCCAGGUCUGAAAGGCCUAUCACAGCUUGAAGAGCUAGAUAUCAGUAACAAUCCUCUUGGACCUAAGUUUCCUUCUUUAGGCAACAACCUGGAGCGGCGAAGGGUAGAGGGAUGGCUGGAGAAGCAAAAAGCGAUGCCGGAGACGGUGGUGGAAGAGGCAAAAUGUUAG